UAAUACACCAUUUUCGGAAUAAAAGGUUCCAAACGACCCCUUAAGUUAUUCUCCUCCAAAAUAGCUUUCGUGGCUCUCCUUCCAAGAAUUGAAAAUUCUAGUUAAUGGAGGAAAAAACCUUAAUUUCCUUCUCGGAGUUGGACGGCCCUCGACACCUUUUGGGCAGAGAUGGUCCGGCCAUGGCUCCGAAAAUUGUGGUUUGCUGGUUUGACAGUGGUGGUGGUGGUCUUCCUGCGUUUAGUCCGACGAUGGUGGUUUGGCGCUGGCGGUGGUGGUUUGUCGGUGGUGUGAGGGUGUUUGAAUCAGUGUUGAUUGGUAUGAAAGAUCCCAAAUUAGAGGGCAAAAAUGACAUUUUAAUUUAAAAAAUGGGCGACAAAUAGUAAAACUUAGGCAUCCAGUUGUUUGCUAUCGAGGAAAAUUUAACAAGCACAAGCAACCGCCUGCAUCCGGUGGCAAGCUUGGUAACGUAAAAUGGGCCGCAGCCUAUGCUCACCAACAUGUCAUUUUGGUGUCACUUGGUAGAAUUCGACGGAGAACUACUUCAGUUACUCUUUUGUGAUUGUAGGACUAGUGACAAUGAUCUCGACUUCUUACAAGUUUUCAAGCUGUAAAGGCCAUCUAAUUUAUGGAUUCAAGUCAAGAGGUUGGAGGGAUGGACAAUCUUUGUCAACCAAGUCACCGCAUUCUCCUCAAGCCCCCCCCCCCCCCCCCCCCCCCCCCCCCCCCCCAGGAUGCCAAAAAGGAACAAAACCCUAUUGUAUUUACUUCUUUCUAUAUCGCUACCGAACAAUUUCUUUGAUGUGGAAACAAGACAAUCGUCAUGUGUCAUGCUCACUCCUCCUGGAAUACACCUCUACCAUGGCUCUAUCUGGUUUUCCAUUGCCUUCCUCAGCUACGAUCGCGGCCAAACUACAGCUACUACUCGCCAUUGCAGCAGCUUUGCGGUUGCUAGAGAAGUCUAUCCUCCUAUUGACAAUGCUAGCACGCAAAAAGUUUUUGGAUGCAGCGACAAGGAUGAAGCUACAUUGUCUUCCAAGAUCAUAUCGUUGUUGGACCUUCCUCUAGAAUUUCUUCACAACAUAACGACACGAUUGGUGGUGGUGGCUGAAUACAGAAACUUGCACGCUUCUUGUAAGACAUUCAAAUCGACAACACCGUUGAUAACGUCUGCAACUCCUUGAAGUCUAGCACUCCAGUCUCCCUCCUCAUAUCCAUGGUUUUCUACUUUCAACACCACACGAGAAGCCUUCAUCUCCACGACUUGCGAUGCAGAAACACAUUCACCAAUAGUCAACACCACCUUCCCAAAUCUCCAUCAUCGAAUGACACCACGUGCAUUUUCUUCUCAAAGAACCUUUGGUUACUGACUUGCAUGAAUGAGACCAUUUUUGACCCCGGUGUGGAUGCACUACCUCAUGAUGUACAAGAAUUUAAGUUUUGGGACCCUUUCGAGGAGAAAGUUUGCAGCAUUCCUGGGAUAAUGCCCCUCCCCCUCCCUUAAGCAUUGGGGUCUCAACUGCACCUACUUCUCCAAAUUUUUCCAUCAUGGGAGUAGCGCCAGAUACCACAAAAUAUGGUGGUAUGAUGUUCCAUUUUCAUGAAAAUGGAUGAGGGGUAGUGGUAUUAUAUGGAGGAUAAGGAGGCGAAUUUUCAACCAAGCGACCAUAACCCCAACCUUUCUAGACAGUAAGUUCUACUUCCUGGAUAAGAAAAGAACACUAGGUGUUUUCAGCUGUCAUCGUGGCGUUGAGGGACAGUAUGAAUGGGAACGCGACGUGUAUCCUCGGAAGCUCCUACCCAAUCAUGUCGAGACUAUAGUGGUGAAUCCUUAUGAUGGUUAUAAAUCCAAGAGUUAGUAUCUAGUGGAAUGUGGAGGCCAAAUUCUGUCUAUCAGUGUAGGUAAUCUCGGUAAGUCGAUUCUAAUUUACAAGUUCGAUCAACAGAAGAAAGGUUGGUGGAGAAUCAAGAGCUUGGGAUCACACAUGGUAUUUCUGAGCAACACUUCAUAUUUCUCCAUGGUGGCAACAUUUCUUGGAAUGGGAAACAAAAUAUAUUUUCCUAGAGUAUCUGUCAAAGGAAGUAUUGUGUACUAUUCGGUGGAUACACAUAAAUAUCACACAUUUGACUAUGAUCAUGAUGCGAUGGAAGACUUUCAAGGGACUAGUGAAGUUCACCUCUGUGGUUGGAUUGAAGCCAAAGGUCUGCAGUACAACAACUUGAGAGUGAGUGAAAAAAGUUGUAAUUCUUGAAGAUUUAACAUUAGCAUGCAUACUAGUUUAUAUUUUAUACAUUAAAUAUACUUAAAUCCUUUUAUACAUUAUAUUAUACUUUGUAUGGUACGGGCGCACUCCCGCUUUCAAUUUUUUCCACAAUAAAGGGUCGUUUGCUAA